AAGAGUCUCUUCUGCUGAUUGGACCAUUAGGGGGAGAGGGGAGCACUUCAGCUGAGGGGAUCAGUCGGACACUCACCUGUACACUCCAUUGGUCCGAUGUCUACUGCGUCAAAUCACAGCGGGUCGAGCGGCAGACAUCCUGAUGGCUCUCUGGACAGCAGCAUCUCUCUCUCUGUGUCUGGUGCUGGGUGUUGGCGGCUGGCAUGAUUUGGACAACACAGAGUACGACUGCUGGCCACUCAACAACCCCCACGACUACAACAUGAUCAGCUGUGGAGGUCUGGAGAUGGCGUGGGUGCAGCGUCCUCCAGAGAAAGUCACCAACGGAGAGGAGUUCAACGUCUCCUACACGGUCACGGCUUCAGAUUCCUUUUAUGACUACGCUGUCAGGAACAAGAUUUUCCAGUUCAGUGACCCUGCCGAUGCGAGGCGCUUCUGUCAUGAGCACGAGUGUCCGGCGAACUGGAACAACGCCAAUGAGAUGAACUGCUGCGUGUAUCACGCCAACAUCCACUCGUGUCCUCUGGGCCUCAUGAAACAAGGCGGCAUCUGCGGCCCGUGGAUCCCUGAUGACGGUAAAAUAGUCACACACACCGUCUCCAAAGCAGGAAAGAUGACCCAGAAAUACUGGACCUCCAAGGUGGUCCUGAUCCAUGUGGGAGUCACUUCGGUCAUCGCUCACAUCAAAGUCGGGCAGAUGCAUGCAGCACUGGAGUCCAAAGUGCUUGUGGUCAGUGCCCAAGUGUGUGGCGACGAUGUCUGUGAGCUGGAGGAGACCUGUCUGACCUGUCCUGCCGACUGUGGCAUCUGCCCGAUGUCCAUUGCCAUCAAAGUGGCCAUCGGUCUCCCGGUCGCUCUCUUCAGCAGCGCCUUCAUCUUCACCAUGGUGUGGCUGCAGUACCAGAAACAGAAGAUGUUUUGGGAUGAAAGUUGGAUCAUCAACUACAAGGACAUAAUAUUCGGGAAAAUGUGCUGCACUGAAUUUGGAAGCACAACAAGCCCUCAGCGCCCUGAAAGCGCAUGUACCGUCAGUCGCAGCACUGACAUGACACUGUGCACAAAGAUAAAGACCUCCUUCAAGCAGGGGUUUAUCCAGGCGGGCAUUUAUGACGGGAGAAUAGUGGCAGUCAAGCAUAUUUCUAAAAAACAUUUCACUCUGACAAAGACGAUCCGAAGGGAGGUGAAAGAAGUCAGGCAGCUGGAUCAUCCCAACCUGUGUAAGUUCAUCGGCGGCUCCAUUGACAUCCCUUACGUCUGCAUCAUCACCGAGCACUGUCCGAAGGGCAGCUUGUCAGACGUGCUGCUGAAUGAUGACAUUCCAAUCAACUGGGGCUUCAGACUGUCCUUUGCCACUGACAUCGCCCGUGGGAUGGCCUACCUCCACCAGCACAAGAUCUUUCACGGGCGACUUCACUCCAGGAACUGUGUUGUGGACGAUCGCUGGGUGUGCAAAAUUUCAGAUUUUGGCCUGGCCGCCUACAGGAAGGAGGACUUUGAGGUCAUCAGUAACGGCUUCAAUUGCGGUGAGGUGAACCGUGUCUACUGUGCCCCUGAAGUUCUACUGGGGAGCAGCUUGAACAUGACCCCAGCAGUGGACAUCUACAGCUAUUCCAUGAUCCUGGUUGAGAUUGCCACUCGCUCCGACCUCGUCUCGGACCAGGCAGAGGGAGUCAGGAUGGAUAUCAUGUGGCGCCCUCCUCUGCCCGAACUGAAAUCAGGAAAAGCAGAUACUGACUGCCCAAGUCAGGAGGACUACUGUGAGCUUAUCAAGAAGUGUUGGUCCCACAACGUCCCCAUGAGGCCCACCUUUGACCAGGUGAAGAAGAUGCUGGACAAGAUGAACCCACACAAAGUCAGUCCAGUGGACAUGAUGAUGAACCUGAUGGAGAAGUACAGCAAACACCUGGAGGCCAUUGUUGCAGAGAGAACACAAGAUCUUCUUCAGGAGAAACAGAAAACGGAUCGCUUGUUGUACAGCAUGUUACCAAAACCAGUGGCUGAUGACCUUCGCCAAGGCCGAACAACGGAGGCUCAGAGCUUCUCCAAUGCCACGGUCUAUUUCAGCGAUAUUGUAGGAUUCACCCAACUGUCCGGCGCCAGCACACCUUAUCAGGUUGUCAACUUUCUUAACCAGCUGUACACCACCUUUGACGACAUCAUUGACAACUAUGAUGUCUACAAAGUGGAGACAAUAGGAGACGCCUACAUGGUGGUCUCUGGGGUCCCUGAAGAAAAUGGGAUCAACCAUGCCGGGGAGAUCGCCAGCAUGGCGCUGGACCUGGUCAGUGUUUGUCAUAGUUUUAAGAUCCCACACAAGCCCACCACUCAGCUGAAGAUUCGUGCUGGCAUCCACUCAGGACCUGUUGUUGCGGGUGUCGUGGGCACCAAAAUGCCUCGGUACUGUCUUUUCGGAGACACGGUCAACACUGCGUCUCGCAUGGAGUCGACAAGUGAAGCUUUGAAGAUACAAGUGAGUGGCGCCACGGCCGAUCUUCUCCACAUGCUGAAAGGGUAUCAUCUGACCUGCAGAGGAACACUGAAUGUGAAGGGGAAAGGAGAAAUGACAACCUGGUGGCUGGAAGCAAAGAGGGCCUCGGACUCGGACCUGCUGCUGAGACCGUGUGACUCUGGAGGAUUCCUUGUUCCUGUCAGCAACUAGCUUUGGUUAGGCUGACAAGACGAUGUGUGUGCAGUUAAAACAUAAAGUGAAUUCAAAUAUAACUCUGUUGUAUAUAUACCUGUAUUUAUUUGGGUGAACAGUGUUUAAUUAAUUCACACUGUCUGUUGUGCUGUCCAUGUUUGUGACACUAAGUGUAUGUCAAAUUGUCAAAAUGAAGUGUUCAUUGUUGAAAAUAACACCUUUGAUUUCUUUUAAAUUAUUACAAAACGUUUUUUCUUUGUGCACGCUACACAGCAAGUAUGAGGCAAAUACUGUAUUUAACAGUAUCCAGAUGACACAAUUGCAGAAAAACAAUUUAAACUUUCAAAACAAAUAUGGAUUGUAAAAUAAGAAAUAAUAAAAUAUAUCUGGUUUUAUGUCCCACAGUUUAAGUUGUCCCUCCUCCUAUCUUUAGCAUCUGGGGGAGGGGCCAUGUUGAGGGAAUUAUUUAAUGAGAACAAAUCAAUGAAUAAAUAUCUUAUUAAGACUCAUAUUAAG